AUGAUGGGUGGUGUUUUUAAGGACCUUAAAUAUUUCCUGAUAUUUUUUCUUAUUUUCAUCUUGCAGUUUGGUAUGAUUUUCUUAGUCUUGUUUAAUGCUAAGGAUAUUGAUGAAUACAAUGGUAUGAACAAAUUGGCUUAUUUUUUGAUGGCCUUUAGAAUUUCAUCAGGUGACUUCCAACUUGAUGACUUCCAAAGUUAAGAAAACGGUAUAGUGAUACUUUCUUGGUUGAUCUGGUUGGUAGCUGUUAUGACUUUGAAUAUCGUAUUCAUGAAUUUCAUAAUUGCUGUUAUUUCAGAAUCAUAUGAAAGAGUUAUGCAAAAAUUAGUUGCUGAAUCAUUCAGAGUCAAAGCUCAUAUGAUUGUUGAGAGGGAGCAACUUUAUAGUUAAGAUGACUUGAAAAGCACAAUAAAUUUCCCAAAUUAUAUUGUUGUCAGAAGACCUUUAAACACAGAAAUCAAUGAUGCUGGGGAAUGGUCUAAAGCAGAAAUAAUCUAGAAUCUUCAUUAGAUUCAAACUUAGAAUAAGGAAAGUAAUCAGAAACUUGAUCAAACUUAGGAGAAUAGCAAGAAUGAAAUUGAGAAGUUAUGUAAAGGAUUCGUUACCAAAUAAGAUACACUUGAUGGUAAAGUCGAUGGACUUGAUUCAUAAGUUAAAGAACUUGGUACUUAGGUGUAUAAAAUUCAAGCUGACAUGGAUUUUAUAAAGAGCUCCUUGACAUAAAUGCUUCAAAAAUAUAGGCAAUGA